AUGCCGCCGACAAAACGAGCUCGCAUAUCCCAUUCUCCUGACCCGCAGGAUAUCGACUACGAAAGUGGCAAGCUUCAGUCACAGCCGGGACCUGAAAACCCCGCCAUAGAAACGCCAGGCCAUGCAAUGGAUACAGACUCCAACAUCUCGAUUCCCGACCAGGUGGCCUACUGGUCGAAGAUCACUCCCAGCGUCGACGGGAUGCUAGGGGGCUACCCGCAGGUUUCCCGCAUUGACCUUCAGUUCUCGCGGAACUUCUUACGCAAACUGCAACGCCUUGAUAAAAGUGACCGGGCCCGACCGAGCGCAAACGCGCCACACGAUCAAGCGGAAUAUGCAUUUCAGCAUUGUCUGGAGCCCGGAGCGGGAAUUGGCCGCGUCACACUCAAUCUACUAGCCGGAAUUUGCUCCAAAAUCGACAUCAUCGAGCCUGUCAAGCGAUUCACGGACGUGCUCACAGCAGAGGACUCGCCAGUCGUGCGAUCUGGGCAACUGCAGCGCGUAUAUAACGUGCCGCUGCAGACAUGGACGGCGGAUUCCAUCCCCUCAUAUUCAGCCCCUGGCCUAGAUGCUGAGGCCACUCCGGCAGCCACAUCAACAACCGGAAGGUACGAUCUGAUCUACAACCAAUGGUGCUUGAAUCAUCUUUCCAUGGCCGAUUUGGUCAGUUAUCUGACCAAACUGAUUCCUUUGCUGCGAGCGAAUGGCUGGAUCAUCGUGAAGGAAAAUCUCUCCACAGAUGCAUUUGCAGCAGACAUCUUCGAUGAAGAAGACAGCAGCGUCACCCGCAGUGACCAGAACUGGAGGAUCGGGUUUGAACAGGCUGGGCUGAAGCUGGUCAAGACCGAAUUGCAGACUGGAUUUCCGAAAGCGUUGGGAUUAUUGCCGGUCAGGAUGUAUGCUUUGAGGCCUCGAUAA